CAUUUUAGAAGUCCCACAAAAUGACAAGCGUUUAAGUUUGGGGUAAAAAUGUUGGUGUUUAAGACAAAUAACAGUUUUUUAGGUUACCACAAAAGGUUGCAGGUUUUUUGCAGGAGUUCUUUGUUUUACUAUGUAGUGAUUGUCUGUCUUUCACAUUUGAUUACCAAUCAAACAUCUAUAGCACAUUUCAGCACAUUGCACCUUGGUUGACCCCAGUGUGUGUGUGUGAGUGUGUGUGUGUGUGUGUGUGUACGAUGUUCCCGUCUGUCAAAUAAGGCCUGUGUUCGUCUCCAAAAAAAACACAGUUGCACCUCCGUUGAUUAAAAGCCAGCCAAUUGGAAUGAUUUAACUUGUGUAAAAUAUGAGGGACACCUUUUGCCAGUGUUUUUUUUUUUUUUAAUUUUUACUGAAAAGAAGCAUAUAAACUGUUCAAUCGAGGACCAGCUCCUAAUGAGUUUUCCGGGCUUCUGGACGUUUCCAACAGGGUCUUUUAGGGCAGGGACAUCAAAUUCGUUUUCACAAUUAUGGUUGCCCUCAGAGUGCCGCAGCUUUCUCUGAAGUGUGUGCGAAACUGUUCAGGUUGUCUUUGAAGACCUCUUGCCUCUAAUCCAAGCAGGCUUCAUCAGUUCAUGCCCGGACUGGAUAGGACAGCUCUGAUCUGAGGGCAUGGUGCAAGAUUCAAGCAUUUACAGUGCCGUGAAAAAGUGUUUGCCACCUUCCUGAUUUAUUUUUUUGCAUGUUUGUCACACUUAAAUGUUUAAAAUCAAAUGUUUGAAAUCCUCAAACAAAUUUAAUUAGUCAGUAACAACACAACUGACCACAAAACACAGUUUGUAAAUUGAACUUUUUAAUAUGAAGGGAGAAAAAAAUCCAACGCUACAUGGUCCUGUGUGAAAAAGUGAUUGCUCCCUAAACCUAAUAACUGGUUGGGCCCCCCAUAGCAGCAACAACUGCAAUCAAGCGUUUGUGAUAACUUGCAAUGAGUCUCUUACAGCGCUAUAGAGGAAUUUAGCAGAAUUGUUGUCAUUCAGCCACAAUAGAGGCUUUUCCUUUUUAAGGUCAUGCCACAGCAUCUCAAUAGGAUCCAGGUCAGGACUUGGACUAGACCACUCCAAAGUCUUCAGCCAUUAAGAGGUGGACUUGCUGGUGUGUUUUGGAUCAUUGUCCUGCUGCAGAACCCAAGUGGGUUUCAGCUUGAGGUCACCAACAGAUGGCCGGACAUUCUCCUUCAGCAGAAUUCAUGCUUCCAUUUAUCACAGCAAGUCUUCCAGGUCCUCAAGCAGCAAAACAGCCCCAGACCAUCACACUACCACCACCAUAUUUUACUGUUGGUAUGAUGUUCUUUUUCUCUAAUGCAGCGUUACCCUUACACCAGAUGUGAUGGGACACACACACCUUCCAAAAUGUUAAACUUUUGUCUUGUCAGACCACAGAGUAUUUUCCCGAAGGUCUUGGGGAUCAUCAAGAUGUUUUCUGGCAAAAUUGAGACGAGCCUUAAUGUUAUUUUUGUUCAGCAGUGGUUUUGGUCUUGGAACUCCGCCACGCAGGCCGUUUUUGCCUAGUGUUCUUCUCUCGAAUGAGUCGUCUCUGCGCUCUUGGGGUCAUUUUGGUUGGUCGGCCAGUCAUGGGAAGGUUCACCACUGUUCCAUGUUUUGGCCAUUUGUGGAGGAUGGCUCUCACUGUGGUUGGCUGGAGUCCCAAAGCUUUAGAAAUGGCUUUUUAACCUUUUCCACACUGAUAGAUCUCAAUAUCAGUUAUGUUUUAACAGGAGAGCAAUCACUUUUUCCACACAGGGCCAUGUAGGUUUGGAUUUUUUUCGCCCUUAAUAAUAAAACGUUUCAUUUAAAAACUGCAUUUUGUGUCCAGUCAUGUUGUCAUUGACUAAUAUUAAAAUUUGUUUGAUGAACUGAAACAUUUACGUGUAUUCUCUCAGGUUGAGGCAUGCCCCAACCAAGACAGGUUUCACUCAUUUGUGGUGCAAAACGACAGUCAGUAUGAUCCUAUCGGGUGAGACCUCUAUCUGCCAACAACAGUGGUUGAGGUAGAAUGACAGUAAUUCUGCCCAAACCACCUCAGCAACAAAACACUCCAGUUGCAUACAGUAUGAGUUUUCUGUCAAAAUUGACGGAACACAUUUUUAAUUUGCAUUAUUUCCAGGCUUUCGCAGGCCACAAAAAAUGCUCGAAUCUGGCUCCUGGGCCUUGAGUUUGACACCAGUGUUUUAUGGCAAACUUUCCAUCAUUGUGCUCGGAAGAUUUUACUUUUAGCAACAAAUCCAGGUAAGUGAGCUUUUACUUUUCAUGUUAUUGUAUUGUUACACUGUUUUUAUAUACAGUAUAGAACUAUUUGAAGACCAGUGAGUUCUGUCCUGUCAUUCACUGUUUGCCAACUUGACUGCCGUCUUUGAAUGUACGAUAUUAAUGCAUGGUCGACUUGGACUUGUACAGCUAUUUGACGUGGAACAACUAAGAUCAGGUUUCGCUAAUCCAGUGGUUCUCAAUUAUUUUCUGUCAUUUCUGUAUGCACAGAAAUGUUUUCUGUACUGUACAGGCUGAACUCGAAACUGAAACCAGGUAAAUGCAACAAAAUGGACAGCUGUGAAGCAUACAAGCGUAUUCAAGACUCGAAUUGCAUGUUGAGUACGAUUUUAAAUUUGUACGUGUUGGCAGGUCUGCAGUAACAUUUGAAAGUACUCCCUGCCUCUCACGCACCCCCUACGCCUCCCCGACAGUUCACUGGCCCCCCUGCCACUGUUUGAGAAGCAUUGAGCUAAUGUAACACAUUCUGUACAAAUACCGUUCUUCAGGCUUAUCCAAUUCAAUUGCUUAUCUUCCACUUGUCGCCAUUAGUAUGCGUUACAACUGACGGUGUGUGUCCUUGCAGGGGGAACAGCUGUGGAGGAAGACACUGGCCAAAGCAAGAAAGUGGGCAACGAGCAGGCAUGUACAAUUGGUGAGAAGAGGUCAUUUGAAGGAAAGAGGAGCUUGAUUGAAGAGAGAAGUCCAAAGGAUGCUUUUAUUCCACAGUGUUUAAAUGGCCCGCGAGCUGGUGACUGUACAAGUGCAAACUUGAGAACACUUGACGACAUCCAGAAAUAUGCGAGUGAAUCGGAAAAAAUUGCUUGUGGUUCAUAUUUACGCCAUGAAAAUCAAGGAAGUAUGAUUUCGGAAGACACAAAAUCUGAUUUCUCAAGUCAUUUGAGACUGACCUUUGAUAUUCCAAAGCAACCCACGAAUAGGCUGACAAAGGACUUGGACAUAACAGAAGGAAACGUCAGACCUGAAGAUGCAAACUACUCAAGCGAGAACACAAAUGAGGUCGUGGCAGGUCACUCUGAUAGCGCAGCCCAAGCCUCAUGCGAAGAGGGCUCAAAAAACACAGGUCAAACAAGAAGAUCAUGUCGCACAAGGACAGCUGUUGACGUCAAACAACCAACACGAACAAGUCAAAGGGCGUGUAAGAAAGUGCUUCGGUCACCGGAACCCAGCAGUGAAGAGGAAGACAUGGAAAAGGAGCCAAGCAAAAAGCACUUCUGCUUAUAUUGCAAGAUGCCUUUCACCCAAUUGGCAAAGCAUUUGGAAAAGAAGCAUGCCGAUGAAACAGACGUGGCACAUGCCAUCCACUUUCCCAAAGGCUCCAAGGUCAGACAAACUUUGCUCGACCAAAUACGCAAUAAUGGAGAUUAUGAGCAUCAUUCCAAAGCUCAAAAAAACAGAGGCGAAGAAGAAGUCACCCAAAAGGAGUUGACAAGUCCAAAAAUAUGCGUUCGGGAUUUUCUACCUUGUCAGCACUGCUACACUUUUUACCGCAAAGCUGAUCUAUGGAGACAUGAGCACUCUUGCAAGGCCAGAAAGGGAGAUGAAAAAUCCACAGAAACACCAAAAAAGGGAGGCACAAUUCACAACACGACCUCACAGCUGCUUCCAAUGUCUGCGUUCUUAACGGAAGGAUGCAAGGAAAUCAUCCACAUCAUGCAUCAAGAUGACAUCGCGAGGCAUAUCAGAAAUGACCCACUCAUUUGCAAGUACGGCAACGCCUUAUCUGCAAAGUACGAACACGACAAGUCUCAGUUUGCUUAUAUUGGACAAAAGAUGAGAGAGUUAGGUCGAUUCAUGAUUGCGGUCAACGAGCUUGACAAAAGUGUGCAGUAUUUGCAUGAAUUGUGUCUCCCGUCAAGGUUUGAAUUAGCUGUUGAGGGGGCCAAAAAAGCGAGUGGCUUUGAUCCAAGCUGCAGUAAGUUUAAAACAUUUUCCCUCGUCUCAAAGAUCGGGUACUCCUUGAAAAGAGCUGCAGAAAUCGCCUUUGGCGAAAGUCGUAUGACUGAAGAUAGCCAAACAGAAAGUGAGGUGAAGCAAUUCAUACAACUGGUGGAUACAAAAUGGAACCAGUGUUUUUCUCGGAAAUCUCUAUCAUUACCUUCAAAGCAGGAGGUCAGGAAAGUGGAAGUGGACACGUCAAGCGUGACAGAGGAUUUGAUGAAACUCUACAAGUUCAUCACCGAAGAGGAAGAUGAAGCAAGGAAAGAGCUAAAGGAAAGUCCUAGUGUCGCCAACUGGAAAAAGCUGAGCGAGGCCACGCUAGCCGAUGUCUGCCUCUUCAACAGAGCACGGGUAGGAAAUAUCGGUAGACUGCUCUUGCAUACUUACACCAGCAAAAAGCUUUGUGGUACAUUUGUGCCUUCUGCGGAUCAGAUAAAGAAAUGCACUAAGCUGGAGGUGGAACUUGGUGAACACUUCACUCGGUUGGAACUAGAAGGUCAGUAUGGAAGGAAUAUGUUGGUUCUGCUUACCGAGAAGAUGAGUUUGUCGCUCGACCUUCUCGUCGAAAACCGCCAGGAUGCCGGCGUGUCAAAAAGUAACCCUUACCUCUUUGCACGUACUGAAGGGCCGUCCUUCAUCCGAGGACUGGACUGCUUUCGAAGGGCUACGGUGGAAUGUGGAGUGAAAAACCCAGAAGCACUCCUGUCCCCGUCAUUGAGAGAGCAAAUUGCCAACUGCUGGCAGCUAAUGAGCCUCAGUGAGCGCGAGUUGGAUCAAGUUGCCAAGCUGCUAAGAAAGAGCAGCCAGGAGUGUCACACGGUGGCCAAAAAUGCGUCGCAGCUGGAGGAAGCGAGUAAACAAUUGCUCCACUUGGACCGAACACGACUGGCAGUUUCAGAUAACACGUCAAGCACUGGAACUCCAUCAAAAGCCGCCUUGAAGAGACGACCCUGGAGUGAGAAGGAGCAGGGGGCCGUAAAACGUUACAUGAGUGAAUUUUUAAGAAAGAUGAAGGUCCCAGGCAAAAAGGAUUGUAACGCUUGCAUAGCUGCUGAACCAGAUCUCGGUGGAAGAUCUUGGACAGAUAUCAAAAACUAUGUGCACAACAGCAUCCAGACCAUACGUAGGAGAAGUAACCAGCACAAGGAUGAAAGGAAUGGCAAAGAUGUGAAUCCAAAGACACCAGUAGCUGAGGUCCAGACCAACACAAGGUCCAAUUUGGAAGACCAGGCUGUUGGUUGUAGCAUGUCUUCAGGACUUCCAGAACACUUGAGAGAAAGUUCAGAAUGUUGCAUGACCAUGGUGCCACACACAAACCUGAGAGAACCGACCCAGUACACCCAAGAGAUGCCUUUAACUUAUACGUCCUUGUGUUCUACUAGCGCAAAUAUGGUCCAUACAGGUCAGCCUUUGAUGUCAUCAUUCACGCCGCUAAACGCUACGGAUACUCAAGUAGUUCCGACUUUUACACCGCACAGCACUACAAAUGCACUAAUGUCUCCUGUGUACACAACAGACAACAGUAUUCACCCAAUGGCAACUCCAUAUUCACAAGAUUCCUUGAGUAUAACACAGCCUCCUAUGUAUGCCCCCCAGGAACAUUUAAAUGCCCCAAUGCUGCCUAGUUUUAGUCCACAUAGUGUUGCAAGUACCUCAAUGCAUCCUACGUACACAUCAUUGAACUCUACAAGUCCGCCAAUGGUCCCUGCUUUCUCCUCACCUCUAAGUGAUAGAAGUCGGAUGAUGAUGUCCUCGUUCACACCUCUGAACCACUCCAGUGCACCAUCCUACUCAACAAGUCCACCAAGGACUUCAAUGACUGCACAGGUUGUCCCAACUGUGCACGGGGCUAUCAUUCACACCAGAUUGCUGCCGGUUCAGGAAAGACCCUCCGCAUCCUCCCCAAGGAAACAAGUCCCCCCGUCCGCUAAGCCUCAGAAGAGAAACAAAAGGUUGUGGAGUGGGGAUGAGCAGGCAGCGGUCAGGCGUCAGUUUGGAGACUUUGGUAAACUGAUCAAAGUACCAGGCAAGAAGGACUGCGAUGCCUGCUUGGCUGCCGAACCUGCCCUAAGUAGCCGCACGUGGAGGGAGGUCAAAUAUUAUGUACACAACUCAAUUCAGGCAAUUAAAAGACGAGGCCACGCAGCUGUCCCGCAACAAACGGAAGAACCGAAGCAGCAACUCGAAACGCCGAUGCCUAACGUGGAAUGGGACGGUCCUGUUUAUCUGUCACUGUAAUAUAGUACUAACAUGUUGGAAUAUGUUUUGUCAUACAGUUUUUUAAAUGUACUGAAACAUUAUUACUGUAUGGAAUAAUAUGCUUCCACCAAUCUUUCAUUAGCCAUACUGAUCCGUACAAUGUGACCUGAGUGCCUGGUCAUCCUGGUUUAUUGGGAAUCCAAGUCAACUGGAUCCAGCUAUUAGUAGUUUAAUCAUGCAUGAAUAACAAGUCAGUAGUAAAAACUGAGAGCAUUGCUACCACAGCUGUGGCUGAGAAUUAAACAGAUCACUGUGUGCAGUGUGGUUAGUUUGUGUAUACUCUAAGUGUGGAAGAUCGUCUGUAUUUUGGUUUAUGUUUGUGGUCGCAGCAAACCUCAUUGGUUGAGGUUAGCGAGCAGCAUCCACUAGCAAAUCUUUGCUCCCGGUCUUUCUGGCAGUUGUUAAUUGAUUACCUCAAUAUGAUU